GAGCUCUCAAUUGUAGCUAGGUAACCGUUUGACAAUUCAGUCGUUUUGUUUAAAUUUACAGUGAAAGAAAAUUGAAUGUGAGUUUUCCAUAAUUUCCGAAAUGGACAAACUGCAGGCAGAAGAUGCACGGUACUUGAAAAGGAAAGUAAAACGGGGGAGUUUGGAUGUCCACCCGACAGAGAAAGCCCUCGUUGUUCAGUAUGAGGUGGAAGCGACUAUCCUCGGCGAAAUGGGGGACCCGAUGGUUGGAGAACGCAAGGAGUGUCAGAAAAUCAUCCGCCUUAAAAGCUUAAACGCCAACACGGACAUUGCCACCCUGGCUCGCAGGGUGGUGGAGGAAUGCAGGCUCAUUCAUCCAUCUAAACUUCCAGAGGUGGAACAACUGCUGUUCUACCUGCAGAACCGCAAGAAGCCAGACAAACAAGAGAAACAUUCGCCCAGAGACCUCACACCAUUUGAGGGGAUGGAGCUGGAUGAGGAGGCCAACAUCAACAGCAUAGAUGACUAUGUGGAGCUGCUGUAUGAAGACAUCCCAGAGAAGGUCAGGGGAGCCACCCUCAUUCUCCACCUCGCCCGCAACCCUGACAACCUGGAAGAGCUCCUGCAGAAUGAAACGGCCCUGGGAGCCCUGGCCAGAGUCCUGAGGGAGGACUGGAAACAGAGCGUUGACAUGGCAACUACCAUUAUCUACGUCUUCUUCUGCUUCUCCAGUUUCUCCCAGUUUCAUGGGCUAGUGACCCACUAUAAGAUCGGAGCCCUCUGUAUGAACAUCACUGAACAUGAGCUGAAGAGGUACGACCUCUGGCAGGAUGAACUGCAGAAGAAGAAGAAGGCUUAUGAAGAGGACCCUGACAACCAGAAUGUGAAGAAGGAACAUGAGAAAGCCUUAAAGAAAUACCAGGGCCUCCUGAGCAAGCAGGAGCAGCUUCUACGAGUGGCUCUGUACCUGUUGUUAAACCUGGCUGAGGACACACGUACAGAGCUGAAAAUGAGGAACAAGAACAUCGUCCACAUGCUGGUGAAGACCCUGGACCGGGAGGACGAGGAGCUACUGGUGCUCGUGGUCUCCUUCCUCAAGAAACUCAGCAUCUUCCUGGAGAACAAGAAUGACAUGGCAGAGACGUAUGCGGUGGAGAAGCUGGCCAGGCUGCUGGCCUGUGAUCAUGAGAACCUACUGAACACUACCCUGCGUCUGCUCCUCAACCUCUCCUUUGACACAGGCCUCCGCAGCCAGAUGGUUCAGUCUGGACUCAUCCACAAACUCUCCUUAAUGCUAGCUGACGAGAAGCAGGGACAGCUGUGUAUGUACAUUCUGUACCACAUCAGUGUGGAUGACCGAUUCAAGUCCAUGUUUGCCUACACAGACUGCAUACCACAGUUGAUGAAGAUGCUGUUUGAGUGUGGUGAGAGCCACAUGGAACCUGAGCUCAUCUCCUUCUGCAUCAACCUGGCAGCCAACAAGAGGAACGCACAGGUCAUCUGUGAAGGUAAUGGUCUGAAGAUGCUGAUGAAGAGGGGUCUGAAGUUAAAGGAUGUUCUUAUCAUGAAGAUGAUCAGGAACUUGUCACAACAUGACGGACCCACCAAGAACCUCUUCAUAGACUAUGUGGGUGACCUAGCGGCUCAGAUGGGAGCCGAGGAGAGGGAGGAGUAUGUGAUGGAGUGUCUGGGGACUCUGGCUAACCUCACCAUCCCUGACCUUGACUGGGAACUGGUGCUGAAGGAGUACAACCUGGUGCCGUACCUCAAAGACCACCUCAAUCCAG